AUGGUUACACGACGAAGCAUCAGGAGGUUGCUGCCCGUGGUAUGCGCUGUGCUUCUCGUACGCAUAUACGUGAUCAGACUUCAGGAGGGCCAUGGAGAGGACGAUGACUCUGCGCUCCACAGCUGGCACGAGUCCACGUCUAAUGAAGUUAAAUCGGAAAUGGAGGUCCUUCAUGGUCCUUCGGAAACACCGCAGAGUUCCGUCGUGACAGAAACCAGGAGGUGGAUAUUCUACUGGGGCAGGAGGAUAUCAGAGCCAUCAGAAGCGGUUUCUGGGAUUCCCGGCCAUCCUUACCCGAAGGCCCGUGGCGCGCGUGCUAGGGAUCAUGAGGUACAAGAAGGAGCUCAUGCAGCCUGGUCGGGGUUUAAGGUCAGCUCAUGGGUGAAGGACAACGUGCUGAACUGUUCUUGCCUUUUGUGGUACACAGAUACAAAUGUUCCUUCUCAAGGAACUCUCAAAGCAUUUGUCUACGAAGAAGGACUGAAGGUUUACGAAAAGAUUCCAUAUGCUGUCUCUAUCAUACCCAAAGACUGCCAGAAUUCCUCGUAUAGCCUGAUUUAUUUACGAAGGGAAGAAGAGACUGCAAAUGCGAGUGAAAACAGUAGUGCCGUGUGCGUGAGGCCAUUGUUUGGACCUUAUAAUGACCUGGUUGGCAUGGCUCAAUUCAUAUCGUACUAUUCAUCAGUUCUCAAUGUAAAUUACUUUUAUUUUUAUGACCUUGCUCUUAAUGAUGACGUGCGUGAAUAUCUGUCCAAAGUGGCUACCUUAGGAGUGAAAAUCAAUAUUCUUUACUGGAACGUUCCUACAACUGACUGGGAGAAACUGUGGGAUUUAGGAUCACUCACAGCGCUCAAUGACUGCGUGUAUAGGAGUUCCAAGAAACAUACUUAUGUCGCGGUGGUAGAUUUAGACGAGUUCAUUGUGCCCAAAAUGAAAGGUUUGACCCUCGAAGAUAUAUACAAAAAGGUUAUCUCUCACAAGGUGGGAAAUCAUGGUGAUGCCGCCCUCAUUCGAAACGUAUUCUUCUGUUACGAAUUCGAAAACACUAAAAACAAUGCUACAGAUGCGAAUGAAUUGCCAAUAUUCAGAUAUAUCCACCGCGAGGACCGCAUUUGGCCGUCGAAACUGCGCUCGAAAAUGAUCGUGGUGCCGGAAGCGGUCGUGGCUCUCGGUCACCACAUGAUCCACCACUUCGCGAAGGGGAAUCUGAAGAACCACGGAGCACCCAACACCAUCGCCGUCAUGCGACACUACCGCACUUGCAAAGAGGUGAACAUGGGGACCCACGCUACAGGGCCCAGGGUAUUGGACCAGAAAACAGUAAAAGAUGCCAGUAUGAUGAAGUUUAGAAGUUCCAUUUUGAAAUCUAGAGUUCUACAGCUGUACCUACAGUUUAUUCAAAACAAGAUGAAAUCAAAUAGAAUUCUGUGAUGUUACUAUUCAUUAUCAGUCUACACAUACACAUAGACAGAUAUAAUGUACAAUUUAUUCAUUAU